AUGAAUCCCAAGAAGAAAGUGGACCUGAAACUCAUCAUCAUUGGAGCCCUGGGUGUGGGAAAGACCUCUCUCCUUCACCAGUAUGUGCACAAGACAUUUUAUGAGGACUACCAGACCACACUGGGAGCCAGCAUCCUCUCUAAGAUUAUCAUACUAGAUGACACAACUUUGAAACUACAGAUCUGGGACACAGGUGGUCAGGAGCGGUUCCGCUCCAUGGUAUCUACCUUCUACAAAGGCUCUGAUGGCUGCAUCCUGACCUUCGAUGUCACUGACUUGGAAUCCUUUGAAGCUUUGGAUACUUGGCGGGGUGAUGUUCUGGCCAAAACUGUCCCAAUGGAACAGUCCUACCCCAUGGUGGUGCUGGGCAACAAGAUCGAUCUGGCAGACCGACAGGUGACCCAUGAGGUAGCCCAAGGCUGGUGCAAAGAGAAGGAUAUCCCCUACUUUGAAGUCAGUGCCAAGAAUGACAUCAAUGUGGUGCAAGCCUUCGAGAUGCUGGCCAGCCGGGCCCUGUCCAGGUAUCAAAGCAUCUUAGAGAAUUACCUCUCAGACUCCAUCAGGCUCUCACCAGAUGACCAGUCCAGGAGCAGAUGCUGCUGA